UCUAACGGCUAUAUCUCUCUGUAUUAUCAGUUUAUUGGGGCUUGCAUGGAUCCUGUCAUGGUGAUAGUGACUGAGCUUCUAUUGGGUGGGAUAUUGCGCAAGUACUUGCUGAAUAUGCGGCCAAGGUGCUUGGAUAUGCAUGUGGUGGUUGGGUUUGCAGUACUUGAUAUUGCUCGUGCAAUGGAAUGCUUACACUCCCAUCGGAUCAUUCACCGAGAUCUGAAACCUGGAUGGUUGAUAAAGAGGAACAAGAAGGAAAAAUUAGAACAGGAGAAUUAAGAUAGUAUAUUGGUAGUAUUCAACAUGAACUCCAACUUUCAAAUCAAUUACAGAGAUA